AAGCAAAUAGAGAUGGAGGAGCGUAUCGAGGAGGAGCUGUCGGAGACUGUUGAGGGGUGGUCGUGUAUGACUGACAAGGAAAGGAGGGACUUACGGAGAGUGCGAAUUGGUGCUGAGUUAGGUUCCAACUUCGGCACCUCAUUUAUCAUGCUCAUAACCUAUGUAGCAUCAAGCAGCGGAUGCUCGACUCUUGCACUAUUUCUGGCGCUGGUGCUCUGAUGGAUUUCUUUAAAUUCCCCUGACUUCAUAGAAACACUGGGU